AUGCUGGUCCUCAUCACGAUCCUCGCCUUCUUUGCUGGUAUCAGCGCUAAAACAUGUCCCAACGGCACUGUCGAUGCCUCUGAGAUCGAACAAUGUCUACAUUUUGUAAUGGAUACAUACGCGCCAUUCGAUCAGGAAGGCGUCUGCAUAGGACUCGGCGGAGGUCUCGUCUCAAUCCACAGCCUUUUUGAAAACCAAAUAAUGACGGCGAAAGCCCAAGCAGUCAAAAAGGACAGCGUGUACAUCAUUGGCCUAUGGCACAACCAGGUGGCACAUCAGAACGACUGGGAAUGGUUUGACGGGUCGCAGUACAAUUACGGAAAGUGGGCGCCAGGGGAGCCAACAUACAAAUGCGUCGGGCUGAAUAGUGGCACCGGUAACUGGACGUCACUUCCUUGUACAUUGCCGGCGUAUGCUAUCUGUCGACUUCCACAUAUUCAA